UGUAAAUAUGACUUGUCCUAAAUGCAGGAGCUGUAGCCCUCAGCUUUAGACUGGAAAAUAGACCCAACUAAGAGAAGCUUCUGGAGUGUCUGACUGGCGUACCCACCAGUAAAAUGAAGUCCGUGCUCGUUCUGCUGGGUGUCCUCCUGACUCUGACCGCUGUUUGUGAAGGUGGUGUGAAUAGCAAGGGGCUGCUUUUCCCAAACACGUCGGCCAAUUCCUACGUGAAGCUCACCCCCCUGAAGCCCCUGAACUUAGACGCCUUUACUCUGUGUAUGCGUCUGUCUGUGGAUCCAAACGUAGUUUCCAAAGUGGAACGUGAGACCAUCCUCUUCGCUUAUCGCACCCAAGACCACGAUGAGCUUAACUUGUGGCAGGAGAAGGGCAACAUCUCCUUAUACCUGAGAAGCAGCUCAGAGGGUGCUUUCUAUGCAGUCCCACUUCUCUCCAUCUUCCGCACAGACCUGUGCGUCACCUGGGAAUCCAGCACAGGUCUGACUGCGUUCUGGGUGGACGGCCGCCGCAGCACUCUGCAGGUGUACAGGCAAAACCACAAGGUCCAGUCUGGUGGUGCCGUUAUCCUGGGUCAGGAUCCGGACUCGUUCGUUGGUAAAUUUGAAAUAAACCAGAGUUUUGUGGGUGAGAUUUCAGAUGUGAACAUGUGGGAUUAUGUGCUGAUGGACGAUCAGAUUAGGAACUUCAGUGAUAGGGUGUGGUUGGGACCAGAACCAAAUGUGCUUAACUGGGACACUAUAAAAUAUGAAGUAAAUGGGAAUGUCCUGGUAGUGCCAGAGAAAUACAACUGAUAUGUAAAACAUAUAUCUUUGUAAGACUCUGUAUGCAAGUAGUGGGCAAUGUCUUCUGCAAUAAUGCUGCAAUCAUGCAUAUACCAGCAUAUAUACAGAUAUAAAAUUCAUGCUUAUACUAAUUAUACUCUUAUACUAAGAUUUAUGCUUAUACUAAUUACUUACCAUGAUGAUUACAUGGUGAUUACUUUAAUGCUUAUGAUCGCAAUAUUGAUUGAAAAAGAGAAACAUAUAUUCUGAAUGUCAUUUUUAAAAUAGCAGGCCAAUAGUGGUGGUUAAACUUUUACAAUGCAUAUAAUAAAAAUCAUUUAAAAACAA